GUCUUUGCAAACUCACUAGCUUUACAGUAGAAGAGAGUUUUACCGAUUCUUGGUGUAAUAAUUUCUAAAAUCCUAUAAAACCGGUCCAAUAUUUAAUGUGUGGGCGGGCACUGCUGAACAUUCUGAUGUCACAGGGUAACGUGACAUCAGAUGCCUCUGGAACUUUAGUCAUUAAGGAAGCACUCCACUCAGAAUUCUCACACUUCUACCAGUUGAGCUCAAAGAGAGACAAACGUUGGAAAAACUGAAGCAAGACUAACUUAAAUCAGCUAAACACAAUGAGCUACGGCAAAUAUAUGUUAAGAAGAAGCCUCCGUCUGCUAUUGAACGGGUACUACAGCUUUGAUGGAGUACCGACUGUUUCAUACAAAGAGACCAGAGUCAGGAGAUGCAGAAGUCGGCGGCUAUUAAACGCAAGAACAACAGCAGUCCCUGCAGAAGACGGCAGCGGCAAUAUAAAUCAGAAAAACUACACAUUGAAAACAUUUUGUUGGAUCAUCAUCAUCAUCUUUUCCCUGUUUUAUGGAUGUGCCUACCUGUUUUCUGCUCUGCCCUCUCAACCUUCAGAGACACUCGUUACACCAAAUGCAACGGACAUGGUCUUAACCCCAGGAUGCAAGGAUCUGGAAAAGCUCUUAGCCAACCAGCAUGAAGUGCUGCUGAGGAUAAAGAAAGAGGUGGACUACCUUCUACCACCAGCAGAUCUGUUGCCCAACUUUGCUCUGCAAUCUCAAGGAGCGAGGAUUUUACACCAAAUGACCUCAGACACGUAUCAGAGCAGAGAAACGUGUAGUUUGUAUGGAUUAGCAAUACGACGACCAGCUGUGGGACCAACGAUUGUAAUCCAGGGAAAAUCCCACCUGCUUCCAGGACAAUGCUGGGCCUUUGCAGGUUCCAAAGGACGUUUAUCAAUUGCCCUGCCUUACAAAGUUUCCAUCAGCCAUGUCACCCUGGCUCACAUUCCCAAAAUGUUAUCACCGACUGGCACCAUCCCCAGCGCUCCAAAAGAGUUUUCUGUCUUUGGAAAGAAUGAUUUGCUAGACGAGGGGAGCCUUUUAGGAACUUUUCUCUAUAAUGAGGAUGGAGACCGGCUGCAAACCUUCAAACUCCCUGAUCAUAAAAUGGGUGCCUUCACCUACAUAACUUUACAAGUGAAGAGCAAUUGGGGCCAUUCUGAGUACACCUGUCUCUAUGGCUUUCGGAUACAUGGAAAAUUGGAGGAAUGAACAGGAGGACAAAAGAGAAGGAAAGGGGAUAAUCAGAGGGUAGUAAGUAAAAAUGGGGGUAAGUAUAUGUGAAGGUGAAUCAGACUGAAAAAACAAUUAAGUAAAAAAAAAAAAAUCUCAAUCCUAUUAAAAUAUAUUACUAGAAUUAUUUGAAGCUGUGAAAGUUGUUUUGAAAAUAUCUGCAAAUGUGUUUAUUUUGUUUAAAAAAACGCUGGUGGGAAAUAAAAUAUUAAGUGGGCCAGAGUUGAGUUUAAACUAGAUGAGAAGAGGUGAAUAAAUUGGGGGAGGGGGUGUGGUAUGUACAUUAGUGCCUCCUACUGAUUAGGAAAAGAAAUACGGCAAGUUUGUGGGUUGAUCAAUUAGCUGUUUGGGAACCACGGUCUAAGCUUUAGACUACCAUUGUAUGCAAGGCACUUGUAGGUACUUUCUUCUGCAAGUUUAACAGCAAAUAUUUUUAAAAAUGUUCAGUCUAAUUCACCUUCACUUUAUCUGCAGAGUGUGGAAUAUUUUUGUGCAGAGUUUGCAUGUUUUCUCUGUGUUUGCAUGGGUUUUCUCCAGGUGCUCUGGUUUCCUCCCACACCAAACAUGCACUAAGAUCAUUAAAAAAAAUCCAUAAAUGCCAAUGAGAAAGUUUUGUUAAAACCUUAGUUAUAAAAUGGGAUAAGCAUCAAAUAACAAAAAAAAAAAAAAAAAAAAAAAAA